AUGAAUCCAUACGUCGAAGUGACUUUGAGCUGGCUUCUCAAGAACUCCCGCGCCCACGACGCCAAAUCCUUCUACACAUCCCCGGCCUUCGCCUCUCAUACGGAGCAGACGAUCACCGUCACGUCGCCAGACUGCGGUGCGUCUCCAGCUACUUUGGGUCCGGAGUACAUAACAGAAGGCGGCGGCCGUAUUCCCGCGCUGUCGUGGUCCGCGCCGCUAGACCUCGAGUCAAAGGUCAAGGAGUGGCUCAUCGUGGUCGAGGAUCCGGAUGCGCCCCUGCCGACGCCCAUCUGUCACGGUGUAUACGGUGGCAUUGCACCUGAGAAGAAACAGGUGAACCCCAAAGACUUUGAGAUUGAGGAUGAGAGCAAAUCUCUGCUAAAGGGAGGGUUUUACUGGGGUAAGGGGCGGAGGGAGGGUGUGUAUGUUCCCCCGCGGCCUCUUAUGAACCACGGUACCCACAGAUAUUUCUUCCAAAUUGUUGCCCUGAGCGAGCCACUGGAUAGGACAAUGCUGGAGGCCCGGGCUACUAGGGAGCAGGUCGCCGAAGCUAUCCAGGGCAAGGUUCUGGGUUGGGGUAUGUGGGUUGGAAGUUGUGAGAGGAAGUGGACGUGA